GUAGCUGUAGUAAGUGUAGUAUCUGUAGUAGCUGUAGUAUGUGUAGUAAGUGUAGUAUCUGUAGUAGGUGUAGUAAGUGUAGUAAGUGUAGUAGGUGUAGUAGCUGUAGUAAGUGUAGUAUCUGUAGUAGGUGUAGUAAGUGUAGUAGCUGUAGUAAGUGUAGUAAGUGUAGUAGGUGUAGUAAGUGUAGUAGCUGUAGUAGCUGUAGUAAGUGUAGUAGCUGUAGUAAGUGUAGUAGCUGUAGUAGGUGUAGUAAGUGUAGUAAGUGUAGUAGCUGUAGUAAGGGUAGUAAGUGUAGUAAGUGUAGUAGCUGUAGUAAGUGUAGUAGCUGUAGUAAGUGUAGUAAGUGUAGUAUCUGUAGUAGGUGUAGUAAGUGUAGUAGCUGUAGUAAGUGUAGUAAGUGUAGUAUCUGUAGUAGGUGUAGUAAGUGUAGUAUCUGUAGUAAGUGUAGUAAGUGUAGUAGCUGUAGUAAGUGUAGUAGCUGUAGUAAGUGUAGUAAGUGUAGUAGCUGUAGUAAGUGUAGUAGCUGUAGUAAGUGUAGUAGGUGUAGUAGCUGUAGUAAGUGUAGUAGCUGUAGUAAGUGUAGUAGCUGUAGUAAGUGUAGUAAGUGUAGUAUCUGUAGUAAGUGUAGUAAGUGUAGUAGCUGUAGUAAGUGUAGUAGCUGUAGUAAGUGUAGUAGGUGUAGUAAGUGUAGUAAGUGUAGUAGCUGUAGUAAGUGUAUUAAGUGUAGUAGCUGUAGUAAGUGUAGUAGCUGUAGUAAGUGUAGUAAGUGUCAGUGGCGGAUCCAGGCCUUCAGUUAAGGGGGGGGAGUCAUCCAGACCCUGAGAUAAGGGGGGGCACUCUUCAAAAAAAUUUUUUUGGCCCUUGGGGCCUCAUUUUGGUCGAAAAAUAACGGGGGGACAUGUAAACUGCCGAAUAGAGUACCGUACCAAAAAGAGUACGACGCAUAAAUUAUGAGAAAUUAUUAAAUUCCUGAGUCGAUGCGAUGACAACUCAUGACAUGAUGAGGACGGAAACCACUCAAAUGAGUAAAAAAAUUAGACAACCCUAGAUGAUUGCAAGAAUUAAACGCCUUAACUCUUUAAAGUAAGACGUUUUGUUUCUUGUUUCCGUAAAUACAGUUCGUGACUGGUUUCAACGAACAUCCAUCCUAUUCCCCUGAUUCUUUGUAACGCUUAAAGCACUACAAUGACAUUUGAUAACAUGUUCACCCGCGGUGUGCGUAAGAAGAAAUUUACAGUCAAACCAGGUCAAGCGUUCCCGUCGCUAACAAACUAAUGAAUUCAUCAAUGGAAAAAUGAUUUCGUUUGUUGAUUCAAUAAUCCAUUCAUAAAAUGAAUAAUCCAACGGUCAAAUUGUACCUCGAUUCAAUAAUCAAAUGUUGAUUUGGUUUAUGAACAAAAUCUACCUGUUCUUUAUUCUUGUCUGUUGUGUUCAAUCGUAUUUGCUUCUCUUUUCCUGCCGUUUACGAUUGCGUUUUUCAUUGCCUUUAAUCAAAAUAACAGCUAGAAUAGACAGACCGCAAACGCAAAGAAACUGACAAAGGCCGAGGAUCGAAAUCCACCAAUCACCGCACAUACACUGACCUCAGUUUGACCGUCGUGUUUUCUAAAAGGUCAGGCCAAGGUCUGUUGCACUGAUUAUUGGCAGCAAACUGGCGUACAUGUAACAGUUUGUUUGGGUUUGAACUUCAGAACUCGCCAGCACUCGACUCUCAGAAAAAAAAGAGGAAAAAACAAAAUUCUGAGGUCAACUUGUGGAAAGUGUAAUUUUUCAAAAAACAGUAAUCGAAUCAACAUUCGAUUAUGGAAUCGAGGCUAAAUAUGACUAUUGGAUUGUUCAUUUUAUGAAUGGAUUAUUGAAUCAACAAACGAAAUCAUUUUUCCGUGAAUGAAUUCAUUAGUUCGUUAGCGACGGGAACGCUUGACCUGGUUUGACUGUAACACGGCAUCCAAGUAGGCCAAAUUUUAACGUCUGUCACACAUUCUCUGCUUUAUGCCAAACAAAAUUAAGGCUAUCUCAGAAUGCGUAAAAUUUUAACUUUUCUGCUACGUGCGUAAUACGGCGAAGCGAUGUUAAAAAAACUGUACGUUCUCUACCCCUAACAUACAGGGUGCCGAAUAGAGUACGAGAGAGAAAAUGCUGUAACUUCACUUCCCAACCCUGAUGUAAAGAAAACUGUACGCUCUUUACCCCUAACAUACAGGGUGCCGAAUAGAGUACGAGAGAGAAAAUGCUGUAACUUAACUUCCCUACCCUGAUGUAAAGAAAACUGUACGCUCUUUACCCCUGACAUACAGGGUGCCGAAUAGAGUACGAGAGAGAAAAUGCUGUAAAUUCAAUUCCCUACCCUGAUGUAAGGAAACCUGUACGCUCUCUACCCCUAACAUACAGCGUGCCGAAUAGAGUACAAGAGAGAAAAUGCUGUAAAACUUAACUAUUCCUAACCUGAUGUAAAGAAAACUGUACGCUAUUUACCCCUAACAUGAUGUGUGCCGAAUACAGUACUAGAGAGAAAAUGGUGUAACUUAACUUCCCAACCCUGAUGUUAGGAAAACUGUACGCUGUUUACCCCUAACAUACAACGUGCCGAAUAGAGUACGAGAGGGAUAUUGGUCAGAAACAGUGACCACUUAUACGGUGACCGCUUCUUGCCAGGUGCCAUAUCAACAUUAUCAGCCUGUAUCCGUUCAUAUGGGCCGUAGGAGCGGAUAGGGCGUAGUGGAAGGGAAAUGGUAGAAAAGGAAGUUUAUCUUGGUACACAGGGCACGCUUUUAGAAAAUCUCUCGCUGACUGCUUGAUGCCAUUGCAAUGGAAGCGAAGAACCAAACCUCCUUACUAAGUUAUUUAAGCCAACCACCUUACAGAGUUCAGAUGGAGAGAAAUGAAUCUCGUGUAGUCGUUCCAUAGCUCCUUCUUUUGAGAUAAAACGCAAUCUUCCGUUGUUUCCCAGGCCACUAUCCCCAGAGUACUGUAUCUACAAAAUGCUUUGCUCUUCGUCAGGUUCAUUUGAGGGCCUGCGCCUAGGCUUCGUUGUUUUUCCGUUCCGAAAGAACCUGUUUCGGUACUUGGUAAAUACGCGCAACACCUGCCACUCAUUCGGGCAUCAUCGCAUUUCGAUCUCUCAAGAAAGACAAUAAUUUGACUACUUGGGAAAGAGUUGACCAGGAGACUGAACAAAUUGGUCUUAAGAAAGUACCCUACUCGUCGCUAUCCCUUGUAAAAAAGAAAACCUGUUCUCAGAGGAGAAAUAUGCAAGAUUUCAAGAAGUUAAAGAAGUAAUGCUUGCAUGAAAAGUUGUUUAAAUCAGAAUUCGGAUAAAUUCGCCCACAAAAUGACCUAUACUGAAAAACGGAAGGUAGCUCGUUGUUAGUCUCAUACCGGACGAUGCGGUACUUGCGAGAGAAAAACAUAGGCUGAGAAGAGUCCCGCGAAGGUUCUUGACAAAGUUUUAUUCGGGUAGCUCAACUUACAGCACGCAGUGGACAUAUAUCUUAUAUAUGGUACAUUUUUUACUAUUCGGCACGAAGCUGAAUGUGACAAAUAUCGUUCAUUUUUAAGGUUUUCUUCCUGGAAAAAGCUUAACUUUGAUCAUUCUCUCGUACUUUAAUCACUGAGGCACGCAGGAGAAAUGUGACACACAUCGUACAUUUUUCAGGUUUUAAUGGUGGAAAUCGUAAAGUUUUAUCACCCGCUAUCUCGUACACUGUUCAGCACGCAGCACUCGUACCCUUUUCGGCACGCAGCAGAAAUGUGACAAACAUCGUACAUUUUUCAGGUUUUAGAAGUGAAAAUAGUCAAAUGUGAUCAUUCUUUAGCUCAUACUCUAUUCGGCACGCAGCAGAAAUGUGACAUUCAUCGCCGCACACUUUUUUGGUUUGCAGAGUGAAAUAGUUAACUUUGGUUAUUCUCUGUCUCGUACUCUAUUCGGCACGCAGCCUAAAUGUGACUGACAUCGUACGGUUUUUUUUUUUUUGGUUUACAGAGUAAAAAAAGUAAAGUUUGAUCAUUGUUUAUCUGAUACUUAUCCGGCACGCAGCAGAAAUGUUACCUACAUCGUACAUUUUUUAAUUUCCGAAAUAGUUAACUUUGGUUAGUCUCUAUCUCGUACUCUAUUCGGCACGAAACAGAAAUGUGACAAAGAUCGUAUACAUUUUUCAGGUUUUAAAAGUGAAAAUAGUCAAAUGGGAUCAUUCUUUAUCUCAUACUCUAUUCGGAAGGCGACAAAAAUGUGACAUACACCGUAGAUUUCUCAAGUUUACAGAGUGAAAAAAAAAAACAGCUUUGAUCAUUCUUUAUCUCGUACUCUAUUCAGCACGCAGCAGAAGUGUGACAUACAUCGCACAUUUUUCGGGUUUGCGGAGUGAAAUAGUUAAUUUUCGUCAUUCUCUAUCUCGUACUCUAUUCGGCAAGCAGCAGAAGUGUAACAUACAUUGUAGAUUUUUCAGGUUUUUAGAAUAAAAAUAGUACACUUUAAUCCUGGCGUUCUUGAUCUCGUACUCUAUUCGGCACUCUCCAAAAAUGUGACUUACAUCGUAGAUUUUUCAGGUUUUAAGAGUGAAAAAAGUCAAUUUUGAUAAUUCUUUAACUUGUCCUCUAUUCGGCGCCCAGCAGAAAUAUGACAAACAUCGUACAUUCAGUUAGGUUUACAAAGUGAAAGAAGUCAAGUUUGAUCAUUCUCUGUUUCGAACUCUACACAACACGCAGCAGAAAUCGGACAUACAUUGCACAAUUUUUUAGGUUUUGAGACUGAAAAUCGUCAAGUUCGAUCAAUCUAUAUCUUGUACUCUAUUGAGCACGCACGUGAAUUGCGACUUAUAUUUUAUCCAAGUUAGGCUUUUUAAAAAGAAGUAGGUUUGUUAUAGAUGUUAUUUCCGUGUUUUGUAAAAAGUUGUAACUUUUUAACCUGAUGUUUCAGGCUGUUCCUUACUCAUUCUUUAUUAUGUUGAAUGAAUAACAAAGCAAUUAAUGAAUUCGGCUUUCGUAGGAUAGUGGCCUAGAAAACAACGGAACAUUGCGUCUUAUCUCAAAAGAAGGAGCUUGUGAACGACUACAUGAGAUUCAUUCCUCUCCAUCUGGACUCUGUAAGGUGGUUGGCUUAAAUAACUUAGUAAGGAAGUUUGGUCUUCGCUUCCAUUGCAAUGGCAUCAAGCAGUCAGCGAGAGAUUUUCUAAAAGCGUGCCCUGUGUACCAAGAUAUACCGCCUUUUCUACCAUUUCCCUUCCACUACGCCCUAUCCGCUCCUACGGCCUAUAUGAAUGGAUACAGGCUGAUAAUGUUCAUAUGGCACCUGGCAAGAAGCGGUCACCGUAUAAGUGGUCACUGUUUCUGACCAACAAUAUAGGCCAAUAUCCCUCUCGUACUCUAUUCGGCACGCUGUAUGUUAGGGGUUGAGAGCGUACAGUUUUCCUCACAUCAGGGUAGGAAAGUUAAGUUACAGCAUUUUCUCCCUCGUACUCUAUUCGGCACGCUGUAUGUUAGGGGUAGAGAGCGUACAGUUUUCUUUACAUCAGGGUAGGAAACGGUUAAGUUACGGCAUUUUCUCUCUCGUACUCCAUUCGGCACGCUGUAUAUUAGGGUUAGAGAGCGUACAGUUUUUUUUACAGGGUAGGGAAGUUAAGUUACAGCAUUUUGUCUGCCGCACUCUAUUCGGCACGCAUUAUGUUAGGGGUAAACAGCGUACUGUUUUCUUUACAUCAGGGUAGGGAAGUUAAGGUGCAGCAUAGUCUGUUGUACUCUGUUCGGCAUGCUGUAUGUUAGGGGUAGAGAGCGUACAGUUUUCUUUACAUCAGGGUAGGAAACGGUUAAGUUACGGCAUUUUUUCUCUCGUACUCUAUUCGGCACGCUGUAUAUUAGGGUUAGAGAGCGUACAGUUUUUUUUACAGGGUAGGGAAGUUAAGUUACAGCAUUUUCUCUCCUGUACUCUAUUCGGCACGCUGUAUGUUAGGGGCAGAGAGCGUACAGUUUUUUUUACAUCAGGGUAGGAAAAGUUAAUUUACAGGAUUUUCUCUCUCGUACUCUAUUCGGCAAGCAGUAUGUUAAGGGUAAAGAGCUCACAGUUUUUUUUAACAGCAGGGUAGGAAAGUUAAGUCACAGCAUGUUACACCUCGUUAUGCGCUAUUACGCACGUAGAAAAAAGUUAAUUUAGAACGCGCAUUUUUCUUUUUAUCAGUUUGAUAUAAAAAUUUAACUGGGUUGACACAUUCUCCAUCUUGUACUACAUUUGGCAUGCACGUAAAUCGCGUUAUGAAAGAUUGCGUAAUUGUUGGACUGAAAUUGAUAAAGAAAAAAAAGGAAAAAAUUAUUUUUCCUGAUCUGUGUACUUACAUUUCGCAUUUGCCAUAUCUUUAUAAGAAAGUAGAAAUUAAUUUGUAUUAAAAUUUUACGCAUUCUGAGAUAGCCUUAAUUUUGUUUGGCAUAAAGCACGGCGGCGUAACAGAGAAUGUGUGACAGACGUUAAAAUUUGGCCUAGUUGGAUGCCGUGUUAAAUUUCUUCUUACGCACACCGCGGGUGAACAUGUUAUCAAAUGUCAUUGUAGUGCUUUAAGUGUUACAAAGAAUCAGCGGAAUGAGAUGGAUGUUCGUUGAAACCAGUCAUGAACUGUAUUUACAGAAACAAGUAAAUAAAUAAAAAAAAAUCUUACUUUUAAGAGUUAAGGCGUUUAAUUCUUGCAAUCAUCUAGGGUCGUCUAAUUUUUGUACUCAUUUGAGUGGUUUUUGUCCUCAUCAUGUCAUGAGUUGUCAUCGCAUCGACUCAGGAAUUUAAUAAUUUGUCAUAAUUUAUGCGUCGUACUCUUUUUGGCACGGGACUCUAUUCGGCACUUUACAGGGGCACCCAACGGCAAUUUUCGGGAAAAUAUCUGUUCGGAAGACGAAUUGAGAUCUAGAAUUUUCGGAGCAUUUGUUGUAAAAUUUCUUGCUUGCCUGCCUCUCCUAGGAUUUUCGAACAUAAACAAAAUGGUAUAACUACCCAUGUUUAACGGAUUUUGACCCUAAAAAAGGCCACCUAGAAUUUUCGAGAGCCUUUUCCUGGCUAAAAUUUUCGAGAAGGUAAGUUUUUAUCCCUAUAAUUUUCGGGUCAAUAGACUUUCAGCUAGGAAAUCCGAACAGAUGAAAAGUUUUUAGGGGAUAAAAAUAUGCCUAUAUCUACCGUUUGAAUACUAAAAUACGUUCAACAAUGCUAUGUUAAGUGGUUUUGAACUAUAUCCUCGUUGGGUGUCCCUGACUUUACAGGGCAGGCCACCUGGGCCCCUCCCCUAGAUCCGCCGCUGAGUGUAGUAGCUCUAGUAAGUGUAGUAUGUGUAGUACCACAGCUCUUACAGCUACUACACUUACUACAGCCAUUACACCCAGUGGCAGAUCCAGGGCAGGGGCCUGGGGGGGUCUGCCCCCCCUGUUUCUUCGACCAAAAUGAGGCCCGAAAGGCCGAAAAAAUUUUUUUGGAGACUGGGCUCCCCCCUUCUCUGACGGUCAAGAUGACCGCCCGCCCCCCCCCCCCUUAUCUGAAGGGCUGCAUCCGCCACUGACACUUACUACACUUACUACAGCUACUACACUUACUACAGCUAUUACACUUACUACACUUACUACACUUACUACAGCCACUACACUUACUACACUAACUACACCUACUACAGAUACUACACUUACUACACUUACUACACUUACUACAGCUACUACACUUACUACACUUACUACACCUAGUACACUUACUACACUUACUACACCUACUACAGAUACUACACUUACUACACUUACUACAGCUACUACACUUACUACACUUACUACAGCUACUACACUUACUACAGCUACUACACUUACUACAGAUACUACACUUACGACACUUACUACACUUACUACACUUACUACACCUACUACAGAUACUACAGUUACUACAGCUACUACACUUACUACAGAUACUACACUUACUACACUUACUACAGCUACUACACAAUACACUUACUACAGUUACUACAGAUACUACACUUACUACAGCUACUACACUUACUACAGCUACUACAGCUACUACACCUACUACACUUACUACACUUACUACAGAUACUACACUUACUACAGCUACUACAGCUACUACACCUACUACACUUACUACAGAUACUAUACUUACUACACUUACUACAGAUACUACACUUACUACAGCUACUACAUCUACUACACUUACUACACUUACUACACAUACUACACUUACUACAGCUACUACAGCUACUACACCUACUACACUUACUACAGAUACUACACUUACUACAC